AUGGAUUUCAAUAAUUCGACGAUAUCCAUUUAUGGUGAACGUAAUUCCAAGAGAAAAGAUGGUCUACCACAAAUUCAGAAAACACCGAAAUUACCAAGAAUUGUUCUAAGAAAUUCAGCAGGUUUUGUACUUAAAACAGAAACAACUUUUCAAAAUCAAAUUUAUCAAGCUAAAGCAAAUUUAUUAGAACCAAAUCGUCGAUUAACUGAUAUUGAAUGGCGUUUACCACAUGCACCUGUCCCAUCAAGACCAGAUUAUACACGUUCAUUAGAUUAUGAUGAUUUUCGUUUAUAUAAAAAACCAUUGAAACCAAGUGAUGCUAAUACAACUGAAUAUGCGGAUAUGAAAUUUUGGAAUUAUCUCCUACCUGAUCGACGACUUGAUCAAGUGAAUGUUACUCGUAAAACAAUGGAAAAAUAUUGCCGAAAUGGUUCCGGUGUACCUCAUCCUGAAUUUAUGACUAAUUUUAAUUUCUUUAAAAGUGCUAAACAACUAUAUUUAGCAAUUGUAUCAUCAUCAUCAGGAUUAGAUAAAAUCAUAGCUGGUUUUGGACCAUGGGAUGAUCGAAAAAAAAUGAUAAUGACACAAGUACUUACUAGUUUAUUACGAGGUGAUCUUGCAGCAUUAGAUGAUUUACCACCAACUAUUAGAAAUCAAGCUCUAUUAGAUUUAGCAACAUUACUUAGUGAAGGAAAACUAACUGGCGCAAUGCAAGAAAAAGUUUUUACUGAAUUAGCACAGAGUUUAAGUUCAUUACCACCAGAUAUACGAGCAAAAGUCGCAGAACAAUUAAUAAAAUCCUUAGAAAAUGUUCCACCUGAAAUUCGUGAACAAGUUAUUCAACAAAUUCUUGCUUCACUUGAUACUCUAUCCGAGGAAGAUCGUGAAAAAGUUUUACAUGAUCUUGUUAAAAAAAUUUCAUCACUACCUGAAGAAAGUCGUAUUGCAUUAAUUGAAAAAAUCAUGCAAAAUUUAGAUAGUUUAACAACGGAUGCUAAAAUAAAAUUAUUACAAGAUCUUUUAAGUGAAGCUGAUAAGAUUCCAGCUGAAAUGCGUGAAAAAAUUUUACAACAGCUUCUCGAUAGUCUUGAUACAUUAUCACCAGAAGAACGUGAACGUGUGCUAGCUGAAUUAACAAAAAAUCUUGCUAAUCUUCCAGCACAUAUUCGUCAACAAUUAAUUGAAAAAUUACUUGAAAAAUCUGAAUUAUUACCACCGGAAUUACGUGAUCGAAUUUAUGCUGAAAUAUUAAAAAAUGUUUCGGAUAUUCCGGAAGAAAUGAAACGUAAAUUAGUUGUUGAAUUACUUAAAAAUGUUGAUAAUAUGGAUCCAUUAUUACGACAAAGUGUGAUGAAAGAAAUUCUUAAUAAUUUAGAUUUAGUUGAUCCAUCAAUGCAUGGUCAAGUCUUACAAAAUUUUCUUCAUGCACUCGAUGAUGUACCUGCUGAAUUACGCGAUGAAUUAUUACGAAAAAUUAUUGAAAAAUCAUCGAAAUUAGAUGAUCCCGAAAUGAAACGUCAAAUACUCGAAGAAAUACUUAAAAAUCCAGCAAAUCUUUCUGCAGGUGUAUUUCAAGAAUUAAUUAAAAAUGUCCAUGAUCUACCAGCGGAUUUACAAAAACGUCUUUUUGCUGAAAUUGUGCAACGAAAAGAUGAUUUACCACCAUCUGUUCUCGAGGAACUUAUUCGUAAUGCUGCACAUGUACCACAAGCUGUUCUCGCUGAAUUACUUAGUUCAGUUGAAAAAUUAGCACCAUCAUCAUUAGCGGAAUUAGCUAAACAUUUAAAUAAUUUACCAGAAGAAUUACGAAAUAAAUUACUUGCUGAUGUUAUGAAUUCAAUGGAUAAUCUCAAUGAUGAACAAAAAGCUGCAUUAAUUGGUGAACUUUUAAAAAAUCAAGGAAAUCUUAAUCCACAACAAUUAGAAACUUUAAUGAAAAAUUUAGAUGGACUUGAUCCAGCAUUAAAAGAAAAAGUUAUGAGAGGUUUAUUAGAAAAUGUCGAUAAUUUAUCACCGGAAGUUAAACAAAAACUUAUUCAAGAUUUACUUAAUAAAGAUUCUGGUUUGGAUCAAGCAACUCGUGUAAAAUUAUUAGCGAAAUUAUUAGAAAAUCCUGAUAAUUUAACUAAAGAAGAACGAGAUAAAGUAUUAAAUCAAAUAAUGAAUGAAAUCGGUAGUGUUAAAGAUCCUGAAAUGAAAAAAAAACUUCUUAGUGAAUUAGUAACGAAUUUAAAAGAUCUUCCACCUGAAACUAUGUCACAAUUAAUAACAAAUAUUCAAACAUUAUCAACUAAAGAACAAAAAGAAUUAUUAAAACAAAUCUUAGAUAAAUUCGAUGAAUUAUCACCGGAACAGAAAGAAAAAUUAGUCGAUGAUUUACUUAAAUCAGCAGCAAGUAUGCCACUUGAAGUACAAAAACAAAUGAUUGCUGAUUUAAUAAAAGGAUUAAAAGAUUUACCACCUGAAGAACGUAAAAAAUUACUGGAAAAAAUGCUUAAUAAUCCAAAUUUAGAUCCAUCUGUACGAGCUAAAUUAAUGGAAGAAAUGUUAAAACAUAUGGAUGAUUUACCACCUGAAGAACGUAAAAAAUUAAUGGAAAAAAUGUUAGAAGAUCGAGAUAAUUUAAGUCCAGCUAUGCGAGCAAAAUUAAUGAAUGAAAUGAUUAAAAAUAUCAAUCAAAUGUCACCAGAAGAACGCGAUAAAUUUCUAGCUGAACUUGCGAAUGAUCCAGAUAAACGAGAUUUAUUACAACAAUUACUUAAUAGUGGACAAAUAAGUGCUGAAAUGAAAAAGAAAUUGAUUGAAGAAAUGACUAAACAACCUAUUGAUCCAGCAACGUUACUUACUGUACUUCAAAAUUUAAAAGAUAUUCCACCGGAAACACUUGAAAAAGUUCUUAAAAGUAUUGAAAAAAUGUCCGGAAAAGAAUUAGUUGAAUUAGCACGAAGUUUGCAUAGUUUACCACUCGAUGUUAGACAACGUGUUAUGAAAGAAAUAUUAAAUUGUUUAAAAGAUCAAGAUGCAAAUAUACAAGCAAUACUUCUACAAGAAAUGCUUCGAGCAUCUGCUGGUGUUAAUCCUGAACUUCUAUCUGAUUUAAUCAAAAAUGUUAUAAAUUUUACACCAACAUUAGUCAAAGAAUUAUUAAUACGAGCUAAACAAUUUCCAGCAGAAGUAUUGAAAGAAUUAUUCGAACAUAUCGAUGAAGUUCCAAUAGCUGUUCUCGAAGAUAUUAUUAAAAAUCUCGAACAAUUAUCCGGAGAAGUUAUUGCAGCAUUAUUAGCAUUAAAAAAUCUUCCACCAGCUAUACGAGAAAAAUUAAUCAAAGAAAUUAAUUCAAAUAAAAAACUCAAAGAUAAACUAAAAGCAAUUGAUCCAUUAGCAAAAGGUAUAGAAGGUGUACAAGGUAUUGUACCAACACCGAGACCACAAGUGAAAAAACCCAGAGUGAAUAUACCACCAAUGCCGAAAAAAGUACAGAAAAAAACCGAUGCUCUCGAUCCUGAGAAAUUAGCAAAUAUCGAUGAAAAAGAUCUAGAAGCAAUGUUAAAUGAUCCAAAUCUACCACCUGAAGUUCGUCUUAAACUUAUGGAAGAACUUCGUAAAAAACGUGCGAAACAUCGUAUUGCUGAUGUACCAUCAUUAAGUAAAUUAAAAUUAGAAGAAAUUGUCGAUCCAUUAGAUUAUCUUUACAAAUAUUGUAUCGUUCAUCCUGAUCGUAUGAUUAAUUAUGAACGUGUUUUUCUUAAUACAAUUAAACAUCAACAAGAACAAUAUCCAGGUCAAAAUCCACCAGAAGAUCUAACAAGUAUAACUAAUAUGAAACGAAAUAAUAUGGCUGGAAGUGCUUGGACAAAUAUGGGUGGUAAACGACGUAAACGUGGUUCGAAACAAAUUGGUAUGCACGAUGGAAAUGAUGAUGAAGAUGAUAUAAAUAAACCAAAUACUUCUGGCCGACUUGUUCCAGUAAAAAUGCUUGAUUUUGAACAAGAAAUAAUUAAUGAAAAUUAUGACGAAGAAGAACCACCAAUGAAAUCCGAAACAGCUCAAAAACUUGAAAAAAUCAGUUAUAUUAUUGAUGAUCUUCGAGCAAAAGAAACUGAUAUUACUCAAAUGAUGAAUGCAACAAAUGGACAAAUCAGUCAUUUAACUGCUGAUGCUAUCGCAGAAUUUUAUCCUGAAAUUCUCGAUCCUAAUUUUAAUUCGAAAAAGAAAGGCGGUGACGAUUCCGAGAAACCCAUAGCUGAAUUACUAAGCUAUGCAUCGUCAUACACAACAGAACAAUUAUUAGCUCGAUUAUCAAAAGCUCAAUUACAAAAUAUUAAUAGUCAAGAAUCAAUCAAACAUUUAAAUGCACAAGCACGUUGGAGUACAAAUAAAUUACUUCAGUUACGUAUGAGAAUUGAUAUGUUAUCUAGUGAACGUGAACGUCUUGUUGCUCUUGAUCAAGAAGAACGACAAAAAGUUAUGUAUAAAUAUAAACAUGUUGAAAAAUUUCGUCGUCAACAAAGUCCAUUAUGGAAUUCAUUACAUCCAACUACUGAUUAUGAAAUGAAUAUUGAAGAACUUGAAAAUGCACUCCGUCAAAUUAAUGGACAACUUUUUACUGAUCAAGAAUGUCAAUAUCUUAAAUUUAUUCUUAAAAUUCCUGGUGUUAAACGUAUUAAUUUAAGAGUAUUUAGUAUAAUUGCUGCACUAUCUGAAACCGUGAAUCAAAUUGAACCAUUCGUUCGUAAUUUAAUCAAUAAAUUUGAUUAUGAAGCACUUGAUAUUAAAAUGCAAAAAGCUAAAGAAUUAUUUUAUCUUAUGGCAGAUAAAAGUCAAAAAAUAGCACCGAAUGGUUAUGUUCCACUUGAAACACUAUGUGUCGAAUUGUCAGCAGGUGGAAUUGAACAAGAAAAUAUUGAACAUUGUAAGAAAAAAUUUGAUCGUGAAGGUAAAAAUUAUGUAGAUUUUAUGGAUUGGCUUAUUUAUGUUCCAUUAUUCGUUGAAAUUCAUACACGAAUUAUUUCUAAUCCAUUUCAACGCUAUGAAGAUCCACUUAAACCACCAAAAGAACUCGAAAAUGAAAAUUGA